CGUAAAUGGAAAUACUCCGGCGGUGGAGUAAACAAAUGUGAUUGCAAUUAUACACUUUGAGGUUUUUGCAUAAUAUCAAACAUUACAUUCGGAACAAAAUGGCAGACGCUGAUCCCGUAACAAUUGCAAAAAUAAAUUAUUAUUUGAGAGAGAAAUACUACAACCAUGUUGAAAGCACAGCCACAGAAGGCUUGCAGAAAUAUGGGAAUGAUCCUGUUCUCAAAUUCUUUGCAGCAUUUGCAAAGAUUCUGCAAGAUCAGACAGGGGAAGGGAUGAGAGAACUCGACAUGUUGAAAGAUAAAAGAGAUGUGAACCUUUGUUCAACUAUGGCGUUGAUGUUUGCUCACAAACGGAGUCAGACAGUUGAUCGGGAAUCAAUACAAGAAUUGGAUGCCAAACUUAAAGAAGAGAGAAAGCAGUCAGGAGAAAUGGGCUUGUACUAUGCAGGAUUGUUCCUGUUUCACACUGGCAAGUUUGACAAGGCCAGGGAGUACGUUGAUCGGAUGUUGAAGAUGGACCCUUCUGCCAGAGAGGGCCUGGUACUCAGGGGCUGGAUUGAGAUGUCUGGUGGCCGAGACCUGAAGAAGGCUAUUAGAUACUUUGAAGAUGCAAUGGAGAAACAUGGCAACAGAGAUAUUGAUGCCUUAUUUGGCAAGUCCAGGUUCUUGGAGCUUCGCCGCAACUUCAGCGGCGCCCUGGAAGUGGUCAACCAGGUGGUGGUGGGCUUCUCUGGUUUCCUUCCUGCACUUAUUGAGAAGAUGAAGCUGCAGCUAGCUCUCCAGGACUGGGACCAGACUAUCGAGACAGCGCAGAGAGCCCUGGGGGUGGACAUGCACUGUAUAGAAGCCAUGCGGUUCACUGGGCUUCAGUGGCUGUGUCGUGAUGGAAACGCAGCAGAGGCAGCCAGUGUGAUAGGUGACUUGAUCACCAACAUGGACAGAUUUGAACCCCGCAAUGCCUACCUGUACUGUAACAUGGCCCAGGUCUUUGCCAGACUGAGUGGACGAAAUGCCCUGGUUCUACAGCAGUGCUAUACUCUGACCGAGAGGGCCGUGAGCAUGGAGGGUAACAACUCAGAGUAUGUCAACGAACUAGGGUAUCAGUUGCUGCUGCAGGGCAAGGUGAAGGAAGCCAUGAAGUGUUACAGGAACGCCAUGAAGCUGGAUGAGACGAGUGUUGCUGCUCUCACAGGCAUUAUCCGGUGUCAGCUGAUAGAGAACCAGGUGGAGGAAGCCUCCCAACAGCUGGAGUUCCUCAAUGAGAUUCAACAGACGAUAGGACGAUCACCAGAAUUGGCUUACUUGAGUUCAGUUCUGGCUAGGAAGAAGAACAAGGGCCCAGAGAAAGUGAUGGAGCUUCUCAAUGAGUGUAUUGAGCUGCAUUUUUCAGCCCUCAAGGGCCGGCCGCUUGGUGUACAGUACUACCUUCUGCUCAACCCAGACUUCCUCCUCGAGGUCAUCAAGGACUACCUCCAGUAUGCCCCACAAACGCCUGUGGCUACGGGUCAGCCCAUCAAUCCAGUGCUGCGGAGGUGUCACCAAGUGCUAGACCCCCUCACUCGUGCAAUCCCAGGCCUCAUGGAGGCGGUGUAUCUCAUUGGCAAGGUCAAGUUCCUCGCAGGAGACAUAGAUGCAGCUCAGGCCACUCUUCAGCACUGCCUGGACCAGGAUGCCACCUUCUCUGACGCCCACAUCCUCAUGGCUCAGAUCCAUCUACACCAGAACAACUUCAAGCUGGCCAACCAGUCCCUGGAAGUGGGGCUCAGCUACAACUUUGAGGUUCGAGACCACCCAUUGUACAACCUGAUCAAGGCUCGCAUCCUCAAGAAGCAGGGUGACCAUGCAGAAGCUGUCAAGACGCUGCAGAUGGCCAUGAUUCUGCCUGGAGUCAAAACAACAGGCAAAAGUCAGUCAGCAAAGAAGGUCAAGGCUCAACAGAUCAGCGUGAAUGACAGAGUGUCUGUUUUCCUGGAGCUUGCUGAAGCUCACCGACUUCUAGGAGAACAGCAUGAAGCAGCCAAGGUGAUGCAGGACGCCAUUAAUGAGUUCCAAGGAACAGCAGAGGAAGUGAGGAUCGCGAUCGCUAAUGCUGACCUGUCCUUGGCACGUGGGGACAUAGAGCUGGCUCUGGGCAUGCUCAGAAACAUCACACCAGAUCAGCCAUACUUCGUGCAGGCCAGAGAGAAGAUGGCCGACAUCUAUCUGAACCACAGAAAGGACAAGCGUCUGUAUGCAAGCUGUUACAGGGAACUGGUGGACAAGUACCCAAGUCCACACACUUGCUUGUUGCUAGGAGACGCCUACAUGAGUAUACAGGAGCCUGAGAAAGCAAUAGAAGUGUAUGAGUCUGCCCUGAAGAAAAACCCUCGCGAUGCUGCCCUGGCUAGCAAGAUUGGUCAGGCCCUGGUCAAGACACACAACUAUGGCAAGGCAAUCAACUACUACGAGGCUGCUCUCAAAUCAGGUGGUCAGGCAUUCCUCAGAUACGACCUAGCAGAACUAUUGCUCAAACUUCGACAAUACGACAAAGCUGAGAAAGUCCUAACACAGGCACUGGAUAAUGAGGGACAAGAUCUGGACACGCUGAUCGAGCACACGAGGUACCUGGUCCUGCUGGCCAGGGUCUACCAGAAGAAUGACAGGAUGGACGAUGCUCUGGAGACUCUUAACAAAGGCAGGGACAUGCAAGCCAGGGUGUUGAAGAGAGUUCAGAUGGAACAGCCUGAUGCCUACUCAGCCCAGAAACAGCUAGCUGCAGAUAUCUGUUGCCAACUGGCCCAACACUCGGCCAAUCAGAGGGAUUACGAGAAAGCCAUCAAGUACUACAAAGAUGCUCUGGUCUACAACGAGAAUGAUGGCAAGGUAAGCCUUGACCUGGCUGGACUGUACCUGAUGACGGAGGACUUGGAUUCCUGCCAGCAUCAACUGAUGACGCUACUCAAGAAUGAUAAGGAAAACGAUGCAGCUACCAUUAUGUUGGCCGACCUGAUGUUCCGCAAGAAUGAGUAUGACUCAGCCAUGUUCCACUUUCAAAAUCUGCUACAGCUGAAACCUGAUAACUAUGAUGCUUUGGCUCGUCUGGUUGACUUGAUGCGGAGAGCAGGGAAGCUGGAUGAAGUCCCCAAGUUCCUGGAGCUGGCAGAGGUUGCAUCCUCCCGUGCUGGAAUGGAGGCUGGCUUCAGUUACUGCAAGGGGUUGUAUGAAUGGUAUACUGGCAACCCUACUACAGCACUGAAACUGUUCAACAAGGCAAGGAAAGACUCUGAUUGGGGAAACCAGGCUAUUUACAACAUGAUCGAGAUCUGCCUCAACCCUGACAGUGAUACUGUUGGUGGAGAGGUGUUUGAAUCUAUGGAUGGAGACUCAAGUGGUUCCGCCGACCGUGAGAACAGUGAACAAAUGGCAGUGAGGACAGCCGAGAAACUCUUGCGAGAAGUGAAGCCGAAGCCAGGUGACUUUCGCCCGAAAUUGCAGGUGAACAUGGCCCUUAUUGCAUCCAAACAGAAGUCCAAUGUAGAGAAAGCCCUGUCUGCGUUCAUGGAUAUUGCUUCAUAUGAGAGGGAUCAUGUCGGAGCUUUGUAUGGCAUGGCAGCAGCCUACAUGGUCCUGAAACAAACUCCCAGAGCUAGGAAUCAGCUCAAGAGAGUGGCGAAAAUAAACUGGAACAUGCAGGAUGCAAAUGAGCUGGAGAAGAGUUGGUUGUUGCUGGCAGACCUCUACAUUCAGUCAGGGAAAUAUGACAUGGCCACAGAUCUUCUGAAGCAUUGUUUACAGUACAAUAAGUCAUGUUGCAAGGCCUAUGAGUACUUGGGAUUUAUCAUGGAGAAAGAGCAGUCCUACAAAGAUGCAGCCCACAAUUACGAAAACGCCUGGAAGUAUGGCAACAAGAACAACCCGGUCAUUGGUUACAAGCUUGCAUUCAACUACAUGAAGGCCAAGAGAUUUGUGGACGCCAUUGAUAUCUGCCAUCAUGUUCUUUCUAGCCAUCCAAACUACCCUAAAAUUCGGAAAGACAUUCUUGAAAAGGCCAGGACAAGUCUACGUGUUUGAGAAACAUCCGGGAGCACUGCUUAUCACAUAUCACUUGAACAAGAUAUAUAUCAUAGAGAGGACAUAUCUCACACUGUCAUGUGUAUAUAAGGAAGCCAGGAGAAUUGGGAACACUAUGUUGCUGUGAUACUGAAGAGAUUCAAAGACUGAAAUGACAAUUCCUUUUACAAUAAAAAUAAUGAGAUAUUUUUAGGAUGAUGCUUUUACUGUUUCAGAGCACCAAGUGUUCACAGUUGUAACACUGAUCUCACCGACUGCCCCAUUCACUUGUUAAUGCUUCUAGCCAGAGGUGUAUGCAAAUCAUCUUCUUGCAAGAGGACCACUGAGAUAUCAAACUUUUUAUGGUUAAGACAGCUUCUGUAUUGUAAGUUCCAACAUUUCUGGGCUAGUUCUACGUCAAGGCGAAAGGAUACAUCAGUGCAUCAUGUGUUUUCAUGCAGGAUACUCUCAUUGAUACACUUACCAAAUUACUUACUACUCAUUUAAUGACACUCCACCUGAGCAAUGUUUUCAGUCCAAUAUUGCAGGAUGAACUGUACUACUACAAUAAGUAGUAUGUAGUAGGAUAUGUAGUUGCUGCACCAAAUGUGAUUCUAUAACCUUGGAACCUGCUCAGAAGUAUGUGUAGUCAAGAAUGUGAGUGAGUUUAGUUUUUAACAAAAUUCCAGCAAUAUCCCGGUUGGGGUCACAAGAAAUGGGCCUCACACAUUGUGCCCAUGCAAGGAACCAAACUCGGGUGUUCGGCACGAUGAGCAAACACCUUAACCACUAGACUACCCCACCGCCCAUGUAAUCAGAGGUUUCCACAUGAUCUGACAAGAAUGUUCAUAUCGCAGUACUCGUAUUGUAUCAUGACCGACGUAUCAUGAUAUAUAUCAUAUCUUGCACCUGUUGUGUCUUUUCACCCCUAGUUCUUGCCCAGAAUCAUUCAUCUUAUGAAAAGGCAGGAAACGGCCCAGAAACAUUACAAAUAUGUUAGUUUUCAUGUCUACAUGUUCUUCCGACUUCUAAAUCCUAGACUUGAGGAACAUGCUAAGAAAUGGUUAAGGUAUGGGAAGCAAUUGUACAAUUGUCUGUGGAGGCUGGAUUAGUUUGUUGUGCCUUUGAGUUAGGGCUGGUAUCGAUACAGACCCUAAACAGAUCAAUAAUCAUUAACUAAAUAUCGAUAAUGUGUGGUUGAGUGCACUUGAGCCUUUAUUUCAGAAACCAUUACAACCUUCAAACGUCCUUCACAAAAACCCGAGAGUUAUUCCCCUUUUCCGGCGGCAUGCUUACCUUGCAUACCGCUAAAGAAAGUCGAGUUAUCUCCCUUAGAUCACGUUUAACUAAACAUAUUUUAUACCUUAUUACCAUAUUUCACAAUAAAUAUCGGAGAAAAAACUUUGAGCGAAAAAUAUGCCAAAAUAUAUCUGAAAUAAAUGAAUAUGUUUCACACCAUUGGUGAACAGUGAAAUGUUUAUGCCUGGAUUACUACUAAAAACGCAUCCUGAAUACAAUUUAGAUUAAAAACCUAACUUGGUAUAUUGUGUGAGUAAAUUACAACUUUAUUCUCUCUCAAAAGUUUAUUUACGAUCGAUGACACUAUUUUCAUAUCAAUAUUCUUUAGUAAUUUUUCCUGUUGACGAUAUUUCCGAUUAUCGAUCUUAUUAGGCAUCCUUAGUUUGUCGGUAAAUCCAGCUUCAUGCCUGAUUUCUUACACACUUUUUUCAAGCUCACAUGAGGGUAAACUGAUGGUAGAGCAUCCACAGUCAUCAUUUCCUAAAGCCAUCAACUCACCACAGAGAUUGUCUUGACUACGAUAGGAUUUAUGGGCUGACCACUUUAUGUGCUAGAGAGAAGAAGGCAUUUAAAUAACAACAAAAGUUUGUCUCAGAAACCCUUUGAAAUAAUAAUUGCCUCACAAAAAUAUUUUUGUAGCAAAACAUGUUUCAUCUCACCAAUUAUAUUUUUAAAAUGUCUGAAAAAUGUAUGUUCCUCUCCCGCCUCUCCCUCUCCAACCCCACAAACCAGCACUUACCAUAUGGUUGGUGCUGCAGUCUUAGGUUUGCCUUAUUAUCGUAUAGUCCCUCAACUUGCUGGGAUGUUUUUGUUAUUUAUGAAAAGUUAUUGUUAUAUAAUGUCCGUCCAUUUUGUAAAAAGGGAACUUCAUAUAUGUAUAAUAAAUAAUUCAAAACUGA